AUGGUUUUAGUUGAUAUUAGUCCCGAUCUCUUGGAGUAUAAGCCUCCUUUUACUGAGCAAUCUACUGAAUAUGCCACUAUUACAAACAAUUCUGAUCAGCCAAUUGCUUUCAAAGUCAAAACAACGGCUCCCAAAUUCUACUGUGUGAGACCUAAUGCUGCUGUGGUGGCACCGGGAGAGUCAGUGAAGGUGCAGGUGAUCCUUCUGGGUCUUGCUAAGGAACCUGCGGAGGAUUUUAAGUGUCGUGACAAAUUUCUAGUGAUAACUUUACCUGCACCAUACGAUUUGGGCGAGAAAUCCGUGGCUGAGGCAUGGCCAGAGUUGGAGGCCGAGUUCAAACAAAAGGCCGUCUCGAAGAAGAUAAAGGUUAAAUAUUUACUCGAUCAGCGGGAGCCAUCACAGCAAGCCGUCGAGCAAGCUGUGGAGAAGCCUGCGCAACAAGCACAAGCACAAGAGCAGAACAAUGCGGCAGUCGUCCAAGAGUCUCAUCCAGAGCAUGCACCGGAGUCCGUUCAGACUAUAGAUCAAACCAAAAGAAGUGUGGAGGAGGAAGAGGUAAGUAAGCCUGUGGAGGACACUCCCGCAUCGGAGCCAGAGAAACAUGUCAAGAGUGCUCCUUCUGCCGCAUCGGCCAAGACUGAACCUGUGUCCGCGCAAGAAGGUGCUUUAAAUUCGACGGCAUUGAUUCUGAUCGCCAUCAUCGCCUUGGUUCUUGGCUGGUUGUACUAUUAG